AUGGCCGAGGACAAUAUCACAGUCGCUGACUCAACGAGAGCAAUUACUGGAUCUCCAAACCCCCCAGAAGCCACCCUAUCUGAGCAGCAAAUUCUCCCACUCGAGACACUCGAAGAAGAGGCCAAAGUCCAAACAAAGCUACGUACCUUUGCUACCUUAAUCCCACUCUAUGUAGGUCUUCCAAUCGAUCAUCGCUCGCAUUCAACUGACAAUGUUCAUUAGCUCGUACUCUUCAUAGCAGCUCUAGAUCAAACAAUUGUAGCAACGUCCAUCCCAACAAUCACGCGUGAUCUACAGUCAGCAUCUGGCUAUGUCUGGAUCGGAGCCGCCUAUUUGUUAGCCAAUGCCUCAGUGGCUCCAAUCUGGGCAAAAUGCAGCGACAUCUGGGGCCGGAAAUCCGCUCUCCUAGCUGCAGUCAUUAUAUUUGCCAUUGGUAGCACAGUUGCAGCAUUAAGUACCAGCAUGAGGAUGUUGAUCACUGCUCGAGCUUUGCAAGGUACGGCUGGUGGUGCUUUGAUGUCGUUGGUCGUUAUCACCAUCUCUGAUCUUUUCAGUAUGAGAACCCGAGGUCUGUACAUGGGUUUCAUGGGCGUGAUUUGGGCGGUUGCUGGUUCUGCUGGGCCACUGGUGGGUGGUGCUUUGACGCAGUAUGUGAGUUGGAGAUGGUGCUUUUGGAUCAAUCUCCCAAUUUGUGCAGUCUCUUUCGUCCUCUUACUAAUCUCCUUGGAUGUUCAUAAUCCACGCACAAAACUUGUCGAGGGCAUUAAGGUAGUGGAUUGGUUUGGAACUUUUUCCAUCUUAGCGGUAACGCUACUCGUCCUUCUCGGGCUCAAUUUCGGUGGAACCACGUUCCUAUGGGAUAGUCCGAAAGUCAUUUGUUUACUUGUCGUUGGAGUCGCGAUGAUUGUGUUCUUCAUCUUUAGCGAGAAACGGCUCGCUGAAUAUCCCUUGGUACCACUGAGCAUGUUUAACAACUGGUCCAAGAAUGCUGUUUUCGUUUUAGCUUUCGCGCACAGUAUGGUCGCCAUCGGCACGGAGUUUUAUCUUCCAUUAUACUUUCAGAGUGUCAAACAAGCUUCGCCUGUUCGAAGCGGUAUUCUGAUUCUGCCAAUGAUGGUGACCGCAGCAGCGGUGGACGUACUGGCGGGCGUCCUGAUGCAUCGAACAGGUCGAUAUAGAGAGAUUAUCUGGGUUGGUACCAUCACGAUGACACUGGGUGCGGGACUAUACAUCAAUUUUGGAAUCAACACAUCGAUUGCGGAAAUUAUCGGAUUCGAAAUGAUCACUAGCAUCGGAAUCGCUCUAUUAUUCCAAACGCCAUUGAUAGCCAUGCAGAACACAGUCAGCCAAGCAGACACCGCUACGGCUUCCGCAACUAUGAGUGUCAUUCGCAACCUGGCACAGUCAUUAUCUUUGGUGCUCGGUGGUGUGGUCUUCCAAAAUAGUAUGGACACCCGGCAUUCAUCGCUCGUCGCUGCCGGUCUCAGCGAACCGGUCCUCGAGGCCUUGUAUGGUGAACACGCGGCUGCAAACGUGGAAAUCGUCAAGUCUAUCCAGGAUCACACUCAGCGUUUGCUUGUGCAGGAGAGCUUUGCCUGGAGUCUGCGGAAUAUGUUUAUAAUGUAUACUUGCUUGUCAGCUGUUGCAAUAAUGGCGAGUGCUUUCGUCAAGCAGAAGCAUAUGAGUACGGAGCAUACAGAGACGAAAACGGGCAUACAAGAGCUGACGAGGCGGGAGUCUUAAGAGGGCUGGUAUAGUCCAAUCGAAUCGUUUACAUAGGCUGCACUAUACCUUAUCUCCUUUUUACGUGGUGUAUAUAGACUGGUAGUAGUUUAGUGACCCAAAGAAAAUAACAAGGAUCUUUG